AUGACUGUUAAAAAGAAAAGAUAUAUUGCUUUUAAAUACAAAUUUAUUAAUGAUGUUGUUGUAAUUUGUAAAGAAAGAUUGAAAGAAAAAUUUGGACUUCUUUUAAUGUCUAAAUUGGAUUUUAUAAAUGUGGUAGAGAAUUAUGAAGAAAAUAAAAUUUGUGUCAUAAGGUGUAAUUUGGAAAUUUAUAAAGAACUAAAAGAGGUAUUAAAUGAAAACUAUAAAGUAAGUGAUGUGAGUGGUAUUUUAAGGAAAUUAAAAUUAAGGUUAAUUAAUCAAAUAAAAUUAAAUAAAAUUUAA